GCCGCGCGAUUGGCUCGGACCGUGAGGCGCGUUCUCGCUCAGCCUGCCGCCCUCGUGCGGUCAGUGAGCUGUAACGACUGAUGCUCGCUCACUCUGACUCUGAGCUUUUCAGACGCGGUGACGUUACACACUGUGUCAUUCACAGCAGGGAUCCGGGGAGAACACACCAGAGACCUCUUCCACUGCAGAUGCUCUAAGCUGAAAGCAUGAUGAAGCACACGCACAGGUGGUGCCAGACUCCACCCUCGGUGACCGUCCGGAUUAAACCCAACAGUUCGCACUCCCUCCAAGUCAGAAGAGGUCUCCGGCUCAAAAGAGCCAACGGUCAAGACGCCGAGGGUCCACCGGAGAAGAGCCAGCCGGGCCAGCGUCAGGAUGGGAUGUAUAACACCAAAAGGACCCCAACUAUCAUCAUCCAGCGGCAGGAAAUGGUGGCGUUCUUCAGACUUUUUGAGGACGACCUGAUGAAGGACUUUCUGUGGAUGGACUGCUGCUGUAAAAUCACUGACAAGUACCUUCUAGCCAUGACCUUUGUGUACUUCAAAAGGGCCUGCUUCACUAUUGCUGAAUACACCCGGAGGAAUUUGUUCAUCGCGAUGUAUCUUGCCAACACCAUGGAGGAGGAUGAAGAGGAGAGUAAGUAUGAGAUUUUUCCCUGGGCGCUGGGAAAGAACUGGAAGAAACUGUUUCCCCGCUUCCUCAAGCAGCGAGACAAGCUGUGGGCUCGCAUCGAGUUCAGAGCUGCUGUCAGCAGGCGCUGCUGCGAAGAGGUGAUGGCCAUUUUGCCUUCUCACUUUUUGUGGCAGCGAGAGCGGUUAGAGCAUCACAGCGGCGCUCAGCGGCAAUACGGUGACCAAGACCGUGCUGGUUUUCCCCGUGGACCCUUGGCCUCCCCGGUCUCCUGUGCCCUCUGUAACCGUGGCUCCAGGUUUGAUGAGCCCCAGGGUUCUUCUUCUCCCUCCAGAGGCUCCUCCGUAAAGACCCCAAGCCAUGCUUUUUCACACCCGCUUACCUCCAUGCUGAAUUUGGAGACCACCCCGCAGAGGGCAACCUUUCACAGGAAUGCGGUGAAGAAGACAAAAAUCCAGACACGUCAUUCCUCGUGCUACUGUGCUGAGGAGGUUCCCAUCAGGGGAUGAGUUUUCCUGUGUGUCCACAUACGACACGUCCAUGGACUGGAUCAACGAGGAGUAGAGCGUCACACCACCUCUUCCCUCUUUGUACCUACCGAGCUGUUCUGUGUUCUCCAUCAACUCCUCUUUUAAUACCUCUUACGCUUGUGAUCACAACUUACUUCAGAGUGAAACACUCUAAUUCGUGUUUCUCUCUUCUAAUCCAAACAUGACCCUGAUUCAACAUUAACAGUGACAGGAGACAGCAUGUGACAUUGAGUUUAUGUAAUUCAAGACACGCUCUGAUGGAGUAUUGUAAACUUUUUUGUAACUUGCACUGAUAUCGGUUCCUGAUAUUUAUUUUAUUUAUAUAUUUAUAUUACUUACGUACGGAAGCACCACUUUUUUCACAGGAAUUCUACAAUUUUGGUUGUAUCAUAGUUUACCCACUGAUGUUUGUGUUUCCUUCACAUACCCACUGGGUGUAUUUUUAAUAUUGUUACCUGUGUAAUGAGCCAACACUGCCACUUUUGAGUUUUGAAUAAAAGUAUGAACUUUA